AUGAUAAUUCGUUCAUUACUAAGUAAGAAAGAAAAAGCACUUUCAAAUGUAGUAGGUGUUUAUCAAUCAGUUGCUGAACAUGGUUCUACUUGUCCAUGCCAUGGUAUUAAAGUAUCAUUAUGCAUGAAAAGUAACAAAAAUAAUAAUAGUGUCAAUAACAAAGUAACCGGUUCAUCAUCAUCAACAACAUCAACAACAUUGAAUUUACCAAUUAUUUUUGAUUUCAAAAAUGGUAUUAAAAAACAAUAUCAACAACAACAACAACAACAACAAUAUCAUAAUCAACAACAAAGAUUACAUUAUUCAGUUGGUGGUGGAUUAGAUACUUUUAAGAGGUCUGCAUCAUCAUCUUCGUCGUCAGCAGCAGCUGCUGACACUGACUAUGCAUUCGAGAUGGCAACCUCCAAUAUUAGAUAUGGUCCUGGUGUAACAAGAGAUGUUGGAUUCGAUAUGCUCGAUCUCAACUGUAAGAAUGUAGUUGUAUUCACCGAUAAGAACUUGGUCGCACUUGGCAACGAGUCACCGGUCUGGACGGUUUGUGAUUCUCUCAAGAAGAACGGUGUCAAUUUCGUUGUGUUUGAUAAUGUAUCAAUUGAGCCAACCGACAAGUCAUUCAAGGAGGCAAUUCAAUUUGUGCUGAAUCAAGAGAGACCUGUCGAUGGAUUUGUUGCGGUCGGUGGUGGAUCUACCAUCGACACUGCCAAAGCAGCGAAUCUCUACUCGACCUUCCCAACUGAGAAUUUCUUGGACUAUGUAAAUGCACCUGUCGGUCUUGCCAAACCGAUUCCCGGUGCUUUGAAACCUUUGAUUGCCAUCCCGACAACUGCCGGUACAGGAUCGGAAGCUACUGGUGUUGCCGUAUUUGAUUUGCUAGAGAUGAACGCCAAGACUGGUAUUGCAAGCAGAAGAUUGAAACCGACACUCGGUUUAGUCGAUCCAAACAACACCAGAACCAUGCCAAGAAAUGUUGCAAUAUCAUCGGGAUUCGAUCAACUAUGUCAUGCAUUGGAAUCAUACACUGCACUUCUUUUCAGCAAUAGAACACCACGACCAUUAACACCAAUUCAAAGACCUGCCUAUCAAGGAUCAAAUCCAAUAUCUGAUAUUUGGUCUUUGCAAUCAUUAAAGAUGAUUCAUGAAUAUCUUCCAAUGGCUGUUGAGGAUCCAAGCAAUGAUGAAGCUCGCUCAAAGGUAAUGUUGGCAGCAACAUAUGCUGGUAUUGGUUUUGGAAAUGCUGGUGUUCAUUUAUGUGUAUCUUGUACUAUUUUUUAUUUACAAUCUAAUCAAAUCUUUUCUUUAGCAUAUCCUGUUUCGGGAAUGGUUAAAACCUAUAGACCAGAUGGAUAUAGUGCGGAUCAUCCUAUAAUUCCACAUGGAAUGAGUGUUGUUUUAAAUGCACCAGCGGUAUUUAAAUUUACUGCGUCAGCCAAUGUAGAUAGACAUAGACUUUGUGCUAGUUUAAUGGGUGCUGAUAUGACCAAUGUAAGAGAUGAGGAUGUUGGAUUGGUACUCUCUGAUCAAAUCAAGAAGAUCAUGAAGAGAUUGAAUAUACCUGAUGGAUUAAGUGCUGGUAUGUCAAGCAUUAUUACAAUUGAUUGCCUUAUUCUAACUAUUAACACAAUGAAAACAAAUUAUAUAUUAGUUGGAUUCAAUAGAGAUGAUAUACCAGAGUUGGUCAAAGGUACACUCCCUCAACAUAGAGUCACAAAGUUAAGUCCAAGACCAGUGGGUGCAGAGGAAUUGGCCAAACUAUUUGAAGAUUCAAUGUCAAUCUAUUGA